AUGGGAUCGGACUCCCUGCAGGGAGUGGCCAGAGUAUUUGCUUCAGAGGAUGGAUUAGGGACGUAUACACUGAAUAGCGACCCAGAAGAUGUUGCCUCGUUGGAUUAUGGAAGCAUGCACGGGAGUAACUUGAGCGUUAGCAGGGAUGGAAGUAUUGAGAUUGUCAGCAGGACCAGUAGCAAAGAUGUGAAUCAGGAAAAUGUUGAGAGGGUCCCAAGUGCAGAGUAUAGAAGCAGUAUGGAGAUGAAUAGGGAAGGUAGCGUGGAUUCGUAUGGAGGGGCCCAAGUCGUCAGAAGGGAGAGUUUACACUCUAGUAGACUGGAAGAUUCUGAUUUUAUCCGACCAGGUACUCGCACUAGCAUUGUCAGUAAUGAUGCUGCGCUAAUUGACGGUAGUGUUGGAAUGAGUGAGAAUGACAUGGAACGUGGAAGUACUUUUGGGUUGCGUUCCAUGUAUGCCUCCAGGGAGAUGGAUCAAGAAACUAGUGCGUACGAAAAUCAGAAGAGCGGGCAGUAUGGAUACGCGGAAAAUGAUGGUAGUAUACACAAGAUGACAAGCGGUGUGGUACCAGACUUGAUAAACGAGGCAAAUACCCUCCAAGAUGAAAUUGAGGACAUUUUCAAGCAACUUGAUGAAGAACAUGGUGUAAAUGCUCUUGUAGGUACAGACGAUUCUCCGCAUAUGGGCUCACCUUGCACAUCAAACAUGAAUACCCAGACGAGUAUGUCUAAUAGGGACUCGCACGACGCAUGUACUUCCACAUUUACCCCUAGAGAGGUGGAAAGAAAGGCACUAGUUCGAUUACGCUCUGAAUUGGAUAAACUAAAGGAGAAGCUAAAAUAUGCCAAUCAGACAGAUAAUACAAUUGUGAAAAAGAAUAGUGUCGCCUGGGAGAUUACAGAUUCCCUUCUCAAGGAAGAGGAGAUCAAGAAGAAAAUUGAAGAGAAACAGGCUGAAUUAGAAAGGGAAAUUGCAAGGUGCAGACUCUCCAAGGGCCCAACUCUUAGGGAUUACUAUACAAAGUGGGCAGAAAAGAGAGGGAAGUUUGGAAAAACUCACGAGGGCCCAGUAUGCACAUGUGUCCCGCAAGAGCACGUGCAUGCACAAACUAUUCAUUUUAACGAGCCACCCCAAUAUACAAAUUUCGGAAACAUGAAUACCCAUUCAUUUAGAAUUCCAAUGGAUGAAUCUACACUUCCAACAGUUGUACCAAUAAUGUACUCUGAUGGAGAUCAAGUUGCCUGCACAUGUGGCAGUCCCACCCCGUCAUCGGUAUACGUUCGUGGAACUUGGAACCCUCGAGAUGGAACUAUUAGAAUAAGUAAUAAUUUGAAUGUUGAAUCUAAAUUUUGCAAACUAAUUGACAGCUCUCACACUAAUGAUCAGGACCCUGUAAAUUCCACACGAGGUGGUGAUGCCCCUGAGGACACAUGUGUAGAUGAAAAUGGUGCAGAGGUAGCUGCUACUAAUGAGGUGGAUGAUUUCGCUUGCAAAGAAAACACUAUAGAGCAUAUAAAUGUGGAUACACAAUGUAAUCUCUCAUCUUCACGCACUGGUAGCGAUGAUGACGAUGAUUUUUACAAGAGCAUGAAAAAUGCCCAAGAACCGUGCUCUGACGACAGCAUGCGCUAUUCAACUCUCAAUCAAGCACAAUACAGUGACUUUAGCCCACACAAAUCGGAGCGUGCUCUUCUCGCAAACAAGUUUAAAUCACUCAAUGACUUUUAUGAAUAUGAAAGGGAUGAAUAUUAUGAUACUUCUGGACCAUGUCCCGCGAAUCUAAAGAAUAUGGACGUCUAUGGCAAGGAAUGCAAGCACUAUCACUACCACACUCACUAUGGUGGCAAAAAGCACAGAUGCAAGCAUAGUAAAAAGUGUAAGCGCAAGCACAGGCAUAAGGACGGAUGUAAACAUAGGAAAGAAGAAGAGACUCUUGUAGACGUUACCACCACGCCAGAUGUUAAAAGCCAGGACCCAAAAUCUGGUGAUGCUGCAACUCCAUUUUGCGGAUUUGGAUUCUAUGGAUGCACUGGAAAAGAUGUACUAGAGGAAUCAUCUCCAGCAAGCUUAGCCUCGAAUACACCACUCAAUAUUCCAAUUGGACGAGGCGCAUAUAGCGAUGCAUCAUCCUCGUACAGCAGUUGCACAAACUCUGGUCAACAGACACCAAUGUGCAAUCCACAGGUUAUGGAAAUGAUCAAAAAGCUCCCGGUAUUCAAUCGUAAUGUUGCAAAAAAGAAGUCUGACAAGAGUCCCAACUCUUUGGCGAUACGCAUACCAGUCUACACAUACAAGGGAAUGGACACAACACCCACUAGUAUUGAUGCAUCUGCAUAUUCUCACUCGGGGGACUUUACAUUUAGAGGAGAGGAGCUCGGUUAUACCCAUCCACAACAAAGCUACCAGGUUGUUUAG